AUGGCCAUUUCCGACAUGGCACUAGUUAUCACGAACGAAGAAGUUGACCAUGCAACAAAACUCGCUCCGCCAUUUUCGAUGCCCCGUCUGCUCCCUGAUGGGAAGACGGUCCUCAAAUCCAGCGACAGAGUCCGUGAAGCAGAGGCCAACAUCAUGAAGUUUGUAGCUGAGCACACAAGCAUCCCGGUCCCGGAAGUACACAACGUCUACCGAGAUGCCAAGUCCAGCCAUGCCCGCAUAGUCAUGGAGUAUAUCGAUGGUGACCGGCUGGACAGCCCCCGUGGCUACCUCACAGAGCUUCGACAGAUAAAGGGCGCGUUUAUCGGCACCGUCGACGGUUCUGGCUGCAGCGACUCCAUCUUUUCAAUGAACGAAGUGGACGAAGGCCCCUAUGCCAACAAGGCCGCAUUCAAUGACGCCCUGGCAAAAGCUUGGUCUGCCGAAGACGAAGGCAAUCCGGUCACGCGUCUGCUGUGCAGAAUACAGCAUGCCUUUAUGCAUGACCACGGCAUUGUGUUGACGCACAAUGACCUGUGCCCGAGAAACAUUCUGGUCCGGGGCGCCACCGUCGUCGCCAUUUUGGAUUGGGAGUUUUCUGGGUUCUUCCCCGAAUACUGGGAGUAUUCUGUACUGCAAACCCUUUGGCGUCCCGGGUGGAACAACGUGUGGAUCACGGAGGGGUACGUUGAUAGAAUCCUUGACCCUUACUUGAUGGAAGUUGCCGUAAUGCUCAAUACAUCCACUUGGUGA